AUCAGAUUAUAUGUAUAUAUAACCGACAGUGGAUUCAGUAGUUUUGUGGCACCGAGGGAGCGAAACUUACGAGCAUCCCACCGAGAACAGUGUGUAGUGUCUGACUUGAAGCAAAUCGAAUCGAGUAGAGGACACAUAACACACAGUUCCUGUCUUUAAAAGUUCUCAGAUCGAUCAAUCGAUCUAGAUGGUGAUCAUGCUGCUUGUUUAGUGUCCGAUCUGGAUUGAUAUGGAGCUUUGGUUUAGCGUCCUAAGCGUGUGAGGUUGUCAUUAAGAGCUUCUUACACAGACAUGGCUGAUUCAACGGUUUGAGCGCUUUUUUACUCUUGGCUUCACUGUUUGAUCGAUGAUCAAGUGGCGAUCCAUGCAGGGAAGCGUCGGCGGUCCAGUUCUGCUCCAGUUUGAUUCGAUCCAAAGCCUCCACUCGCACCUGGACAAGAUGAUCUACAAUGUGGUGCCGGCAGCACCAUCGCUACCGUGCUUCCAUGUUGUCUCUCACAGUUUUCUCGUAGCGGCAGGCCCGGUCAACGUAGUUCAACCCACCGUUCAGCACAGAAAUGGAUCGGUCAACACGGUCCCUCCGCCAAGAUUUAAGACCAAGAGAAAACGAGGAAGACCAAAGAAAUACAUCGAUCCGAGCGUCAAGCGCAAGCCCGGGAGACCCAGAAAGCAUCCAUGGGUCACUCAGGAUGAUCAAGUCUACACGGAAACUCGAGCUCUGCCAAAAGAGUCCGGUCAAGAUCUGAUUCCAGAGGAAGAUGGUUCUUGUGAUGUUGAGGAGGUAUUGGAACCGAGACUUACUAGUACGUCGAGUUUCGGCCAAAAGCUGGAAGCCGAGCUCGAGAGACCGUUUGAUGGUGACGAGCUUGAGAGAAUGGAGAAAGAUGUGAGCCAUCGUAAGCCCGUCGUGAAGUUGAGACAAACGCGCCAGGGAAGCGUUCCAUUCGAGACUGAAAAUGCAGGGAACUCGUAUCUUGACCACUUUCCAGGUGACGCUACAUAUGAUCAGCUCAAAGUUUUUCUCAUCUUCUUCUCUGUUUCCUCGUUCUCGUUUCGUGUAGACUUUACUGAAGUUCUCAGUGUGACUAGAAGCUCAGAGAAGAGGCUUCGACUGUUGCGUGGAUUCUUUUUCUGGCUACAGCAUUCUUGUAUGAUGAAUUCAUUCAAGCCCUGGCUGUCAGGAGAAGUGCUCGAGGAUCCAAAAGAGUGUCAGGAGAUCACCCCGAAUGAUCAAGAGAUUUUUGACAUGAAAGUGGUCUUACAACUAUAAACAAGUGUUGUUUGAUCUAAGCUCUA